AUGCAUUCGCUUUGUCUUCGAUUUUUCAGAAUCGUCUUCGAUUUUCAAACUGUUCGCGGAUCUCACAUAACAGUGGCUUCUUCUGGUUUUGCAGUGUUAUUCGCCGGUUGUCAAACACGUAAACCACGGGGACGAACGAAGACAAUCAGCAAUUCGAUAUUUAACUAUCUUCACAGUCAUCACGUUCACGACACCAGCACAUGCAGGUCCUCGACCCCGAUGGUGACAGCGACCCCGGGGACGAUUCGGACUUCAGACCCACCGGUUUUCCGGCCGCCCGCGAGCGCAGCAGCGGAGCAGACGGCGACGAGAAUUUGUAUCAUGUGA